AUGGGAAGAGCAGUGGAUGUUGUUUACCUGGACUUCAGCAAGGCCCUCAGCGUGGUCUCCCAUGUCAUCCCUGUAGCCCAACUGGUGAAAUACGGACUCGCCAGGUGGACUGGAAUCAUUAGCAGAGUGACAGAAUCGGUAAAAAACAUUGUACCAGGAUGGUUACAGAAGUAUUUCAACAAAACUGAAGAUGAAUGUGUAGAUACAAAUGAAUCUACAAACCAGGAAGAGAAUCCAGUAAACUAUCACCAUGAUUAUGCAAAUGAAGAUACCAUAGUGAUUGAUGGGAGAGUCACGCCUGAAUCAGCAAGAAUUAAUUUAGAAGAACCAUCCACGAGUAGAUCUGCAUUGAACUUCUCAGAUGUGUUAACAAGGCCCUCUCUUCAUCGGAGCCAUUUGAACUGUACCAUGUUGGAUUCCACAGUACCACAUUGUCAGCCCUCUACAUCUUCAUUUGGCAUUGGCAGUCCUGGGCUGUCUCUUGUAAAAGAAAUAAAAGAUUCUACCUCUCAGCAUGAUGAUGAUAACAUCUCAACAACCAGUGGCUUCUCCUCUAGAGCAUCUGAUAAAGAUAUCACCGUUUCAAAAAAUACUUCAGCACCACUGCUCUGGUCCACAGAGGCUGAAAGAUCUCAUUCCCUCUCGCAGCAUCCUGCACCUAGCUCUAAAAAACCUGCAUUCAAUUUAUCUGCUUUUGGAUCUCCCUCUCCUUCACUUGGAAACACUUCUGUCUUUAAGACAAGCCAGCUUGGGGAUUCUCCAUUUUACCCUGGAAAGACCACUUAUGGUGGGGCAGCUGCAGCAGCAAGGGAGACAAAAGCACGAAUUACUCCUUAUCAGCCACCAGUAAGAAGACAAAUGAAAGCUAAACAAGCAAGUGUGCAGUCCUAUGGUGUGACAAGUUCCACAGCACGGCGCAUCUUGCAGUCAUUGGAGAAGAUGUCAAGUCCUUUGGCGGAUGCUAAAAGGAUUCCGUCGUCUGUUUCUAGUCCGCUGUCUUCUCCUAUGGACAGGAGUGUGCUGGAUAUUACUAGCUUCCAAUCCAAACGAAAACAGCAUCCCUCUGGACAAGUUUUCCAGCUGUGGGAUGACCAG